UCAUUACUCACCUUCAAAAAUGUGCGGUUAGCUCCUCGGCCUGCGGUCGCGCCCAUACCAUGUCCGUGAAGACGUCGGCUCGAUGAGUGAGCCGGGAGAGAUAGACCUCGUCACAUUCCUGCCCUCGAUGCACUAUGAAAUACGACCGGAGCCAGUUAUAAUAAAGGGUUGUGGAGAUAUCACGAUUUUUGGAAUGAAUAACCGAUUCAAAGAGGAAUUUCCCAAUGAACUACAUGGAAAAUUAGCUCCGGAAGAGUUUCAAGAAACCAUUCGGAAAGUCAACGAUCGAUUGGAAAAAUCGUUACCAACCCAUGUGCGAUGGUUAUUCUGUGGUCUGCUCUGUUGCUGCUGCACAGCCGGCUGCUCCCUAUGGCCCGUCAUCCAUAUGAGCAGGCGAACGCGCAGGGAUCUGCAGAAGACACUUGACGCUGAAAAUCACCGUCUGUAUAUUAAUAUUGGCCUCCGCCUAUCGUUGGCAAAACAGCAAUCGUCGGAAUCAACUGCAUUAAUGGAAUAUGUCCUACGAAUCGAUCAACUUCCCAAAGUUUCAAUCUAUGCUCCGGAUUGAUUCUAUCCCCGUGAUAAUUGAAUACAGCUGAUCCCCAAAUUUACUCAUCACAGCCGAAUUAUGUGGUACUAUGCAUCUUCUCAUAGUGCUUCAGGUUCCAUGACAUUUCUGUGUAAUAUUAUCUUGUUUUUGACAGAUACCUCUCUCACACUAGGAGACUUACUCAUUGACCUAGCCCUUGAAGCUUAUCAUCACUGCUAAUUUCAAGUGGUAUCACUUCUAUAUCAAGCACAUCGGGUGUACAGCUGAGCCGUUUAACGCGUAACAUUGAUCAUUUUCCUCCACAUUUCCCAACUCUGUCCUGUUCUCGACUGUUUCCUUUUUUGUACAGGCUUCGGUUUUAUCGAAGCAGUGCUAUCGGUUUCAAUUUAUUAUAUCAUCCUCUUUGUUCAUCUCUACUCCUCAUCGAUGCAGCAUAAUACGCGAUUCCCUCUCACCUCCAAGUUUUCUCCUGUCCAUCUAGUCCUCCAUCUUUAGGCACUGCCGUUUAUUGUGAAAAGAACAAAACCCGUCCACUUUGCUUCAAUGAUUUCAUCCUGUUUACUACCCACUGGUUCCUUUCAACGCUUGUUUAACUGCGCUCAGUCAUACAAACGUUAACGCCUAGUUGUCGAGUAUGCUUUUUUCGAGCUCCUACGAUUGAGGGGCUUCUAGUUUGUUUCGAAUACAAACCAACAUUGC